GUUCUGCAGCUCCUUGUCCAAAAAAAAAAAAAAAGGGGGGGAAAGCCUCUUUCAGGCUUCAGCAGUCAACACCAACUUUUGUUGUUCCAAAAAUGGCUCCCGGGGUGUUCAGCAGUAGUUUCCGCGAUGACUUCUUGGUGUUCAUCAGUUUCAGAGGGUUCGAUGUGCGAUAUGAAUUGAUCGGUUUCCUCUACGCGGCUCUCCGCCGAGCAGGGGUCCGACCCUUGUUCGACGAGAAUUUCAGGAGAGGGAAAGAGAUCUGGCCAGAGAUCGAGAGAGCGAUUGGAGGUGCCAAGAUGUCAAUCAUUGUUUUAUCGGAAAACUUCGCUAAUUCGGAGUGGUGCUUGGAUGAGGUGGUCCUGAUUAUGCAACUCCACAGAGCUGCAGCUCAAAUCGUUAUUCCGGUGUUCUUCCGCUUGACCAAGGCCGUGGUAGAGCAGCAGAGUGGGAGUUUCGCCGGCCCCUUCGCUAUAUACGACGCGGAGAAGCCUGAAAAGGCGAACACCUUCAGGGCUGCACUGUCAAAUGUGGUGGAAAUCAGUGAUGGAGAUAGGCAUGUAGCGCCUGCAAUUAGGCCCGCAGAAAAAGUUGUUGAUGACAUUGUUCUGCAUGUGUUGGAGAAGAUGAACCUUGAGUCCUUGGAUGCAGAUUACAAAGGACUAGUCGGGAUCAAGCCGCGUAUGCUGCAGGUCCAACAUCUCUUGGAUGCUCCAUCUGAUGGUAUCUGCAUUGUCUCCAUUUGGGGUAUGGGAGGCAUAGGGAAGUCUAAGCUUUCAGAGUGCGUGUAUGGUAGUUGCUGUGGUCAAUUUGAUGGGUUUUGUGCUCUUAGCAACUACAAAGGAGUUCAAUUGGAGCAAGAGUUGUCUAACAUGACUAGUAAAGGGUACAAGAAAGUUCUCAUCCUACUGGAUGGAGUGAAUAAAGUGCAACAGAUAGAAUUUCUGGCGGACCUGUGCGAUAAAGUGAAAUUCGGAGCUGAAAGCCGAAUCAUAGUCUCCACCAGGAACAGACAAGUCUUUAAGGGAGUUGGGUGCGAGGAUUUUGAGGUAAGAACGUAUGAGGUUCCACCCUUGACAUCACCUGAAGCACACGAUCUCCUGAGGUUAGUUGCAUUCGGUGGGAACAGUCCUUCAAUCGACUUUGAUGCUGUGGUUGAAGGGGUGAUAAAGUAUGCCGGUGGCAAUCCAGGAGCACUGAUCGAGCUGGGGAAAUUCUUAAGUACAAAGCCAGAUGCACGUUUGUGGGAGAGCAAACUGAAGAAGCUAACACGAUUUCCUCUACCAGGUGUCAAUAGCGAUCUGAUGACUAGUUUCGAUGAGCUAGAUUCUGAGGAACGAACCAUUUUCCUCCACGUUGCAUUCAAUUUCAAAAGAAGAGGAAAGGAGGCUGUCAUUGCUGUGUUGGACGCCUGCGAUCUUGAUGCAAUAAAUGGAAUAACAUCUCUGGUGGACAGGUCUCUUGUUCUUGUCGACAGAUAUGAUCGCCUGUCAUUACACGCCCUGCAUGAAGCGAUGGCUACCGAAAUCGUUCGCAAAGAUCCAACUUGGACCAUUGAGAAUUUAAGAUGACGAGGUGAUCAGGAUUAACUCAAGUGCACUGGAAAUCAUAGGCAGGCGGUCUUGCUUCCAGGGGUUUAAUUUCUCAACUCGCAAAGCUUUUUGAAAAAAGAUGAUGCUGGCAAAGGUGAGAGGGGCUUUGUGAUGGCCAUGGUGUGGAUGACUAUGAUGAAGAAGCGAGGGAUAUGUUUCUUGAAAUUGUUAAAGGGCACCAUAUGGAUUCUGUCAACGAGAGGUUCUUAGUGGAAAGUGGGGUGCUUGUCUUGCAGAGAUUGAGAAGAGCGUGUUAACUAUUUCAGAUAACAGGCUGAAUGAUGAAUGAUCUGGGCAAUUUCAGUGGGGAAGUGAUCACUGAUUGAGAUAUAAGAGAAGCAGGUUGCUGGGAUCAUGGCGAUAGUCUUGUCUCGAGUUUGAAACACAGUAAUUGCUUUAUUGUUGUCUGCUUUCAUUGACCCUUCUAUUCAUUCGUAUGAGAGGCUGGUCGCUGGUGUGAUCAAAAUCUAAUUGCUUGAUUCACGAUUUAUUAAAGUGCAACAGUGGAAGGUGCCAUGCCAUGGAGCAGCAGAAAGGAGGACAGGUCAAGUCGACUUCCCGCGCUGUUCGCGCUCUUCGUUUGCAAAAAGGGAACUUGAACUUUAUUGGGCCUGGACAUCUUGGGCCGGACAAGGUUUGUUCUUCUGAUAUUCUGGGCCAGUGUCAGUGGGCUGCUGAGGAUGGGUGGGCUGGACAAGUGGUUUUUAAAAAUGGCGGUGGCGCGUUCCGCCCUGAGAUGGCGGGGAGUUUGCAGUUUGCUUGCACCCACCAGCCAGUGAAAAUUGGGCGCGUAGCUGAACGCGCGAUAGCUGGCUUCAGGUUGGUUAUAGAGUUGGGCGCCAAUCCGGGGGAAUGAAUGACGGUGAUGCCAGCUCACUCUUCUUGGCACGACUUUUCACUUUCAGUGUUGGAUCUCCACUAGUCCUCCCUUCUUUUCUUCGAUUUUUGUCCUCACCUGUCCCCACUGUUUU